AUGAACAAUCAUUUUAUUUUUCCAGGAUCAGCGUAUUUCAGAUGGCAGCUAUGAGCCUCUUUCUUCCCUCUUUAACUAAUGUUCAUGGGUUGUAGUACACCAAAUAAAAGUUCCAAGUGGUUCAUUGGUGUAUGAACAAUGGAUUCUCUGGAUCAUAUGCUCACUGAUCCACUGGAACUGGGGCCAACUGGGGAAGGAAAUGGCACCCAAAUUAUGGAGGAUUGCAUGCUGGGAUCCAUACGCAUUAGCCUUCCUGAAGAUCUUUUGGAAGAUCCUGAGAUCUUCUUUGAAGUUGUCAGUCUUUCAACCUGGCAGGAAGUAUUGAUGGAUUCACAACGAGAACAUUUGAAAAAAUUUUUGCCCCGCUUUCCAGAAAACAACCCUGAAUACCAGAAUAAUCUUAUCCUGUCCCUGUUUAAUGGAGAGAAUUUCCGAUUUGGAAACCCACUUCAUAUUGCCCAAAAACUCUUCCGGGAUGGACAUUUCAAUCCUGAGGUGGUGAAAUACAGACAGCUUUGCUUCAAGUCCCAGUAUAAGCGCUACCUCAGCUCCCAGCAGCAGUACUUUUAUCGAUUGCUGAAACAGAUUCUUGCCUCCCGGAAUCAUCUUUUAGAACUUGCUAGGAAAGGGGGCCAAGAUCUGGCCGUGAAGAGAAAAUAUUCCGCAGCUGCUUAUGCUGCUGAAGAACGAGAUAGACGAACACAUCAGCGAUACCUUAAAAUCCUCAGGGAGGUUAAAGAAGAAUGUGGAGACACCACCCUAUCUUCUGAUGAAGAAGAUUUGAGUUCCUGGAUUCCAACUUCUCCAGCCCACUGUUCAAGUCCUACUGUUCCUCUCAGAGUGAUACCCACGUUAUCAACCCAAGACAUGAAAACAGCAGAUAAAUUGGAUUUCGGUGAGAAUAGCUUGAAGAUGAUGCUGAAGAAACACCAUGAAAAGCGCAAGCGCCAACCUAAUCACCCAGAUCUCAUGACAGGGGACUUGACUCUGAAUGACAUCAUGACCCGUGUGAAUGCCGGCAGGAAGGGAUCUUUGGCAGCUUUAUUUGACCUUGCUGUCCUCAAAAAGAAGGUGAAGGAAAAGGAGGAGAAAAAGAAAAAGAAGUUAAAAGUGAUUAAAUCUGAAGCUGAAGAUUUCUCUGAAUCUCUUGGCAACCCUGAAGGGAUUCCUCCUGUUUCUCAAGGUCCCUCCCCCAUUCCUCCCCUGUGGGAUCCUCCAUCUCUCCCAUCUGUUAAAGAAGAGCCUCUUGAAGACAUCAAGCCGUGUCUUGGAGUAAAUGAAAUCUCUUCCAGCUUCUUUUCUCUGCUUCUCGAGAUCCUGUUGUUAGAGGGGCCUGCUAGUCUCUCAGUGCUUGAAGAUAAAGUCAUGGACUGGCAGUCUUCUCCUGCCAGCACAUUAAACAGCUGGUUCUCCUUUGCUCCCAACUGGUCAGAACUGGUUUUACCUGCUUUGCAGUAUCUCACUGGAGUCAGCAGAGAUGCUUCUUCCAGUUUUUCUCCUUUUGUUGAAUUCAAGGAAAAAACUCAGCAGUGGAAAUUGAUAGGCUCUUCCCAAGACCACGAGAAGGAGCUAGCAGCCCUCUUCCAGCUUUGGUUGGAGACAAAAGACCAAGCUUUCUUCAAGGACAAUGAAGACAGUUCAGAUGCUACUACACCAAUUCCCCGAGUAAGGACUGACUACGUAGUCCGGCCUAGCACUGGAGAAGAGAAACGAGUUUUCCAGGAACAGGAGCGUUAUCGGUACAGCCAACCUCACAAAGCUUUUACCUUCUGCAUGCAUGGCUUCGAGUCAGUAGUGGGCCCCGUGAAAGGAGUGUUUGAUAAGGAAACCUCUCUAAACAAACCCCGGGAACAUUCUCUGUUGCGGUCAGACAGACCUGCGUAUGUCACCAUAUUGUCUCUUGUUCGGGAUGCGGCAGCCCGUCUUCCAAAUGGAGAGGGAACUCGUGCUGAAAUUUGUGAGCUUCUGAAGGACUCCCAGUUUCUUGCUCCUGAUGUCACCAGUGCUCAGGUUAACACUGUGGUGAGUGGCGCUUUAGAUCGAUUGCACUAUGAGAAAGAUCCCUGUGUAAAAUACGAUAUUGGUCGCAAAUUAUGGAUAUAUCUCCACCGAGACAGGAGUGAAGAGGAGUUUGAGCGGAUUCAUCAGGCCCAGGCAGCUGCAGCGAAGGCCAAGAAGGCUCUUCAGCAGAAACCAAAGCCUCCUGCAAAGACAAAAUCCAGCAUCAAGGAGAGUUCAGCGAAAGGGGUGACCCCUGGCAGCUCUGAGCCCAGCCAGCUGAGCGUCAGUGAUUCCAGCAUGCCACCGACCCCUGCAACUCCAGUGACACCUGCCGCACUUCCUUUGCCAGCGAUGCCUAUUUCACCCCCUCCUGUCUCUGUGGUCAGCAAGAGUUUGUCUUGUGUUGCAACCGAGCAAGCAAAAUCCAACCAAAGCAUCCUUUUAGUAUCUUCUCCCACCAUGCCACAGCUUGGGACGUUGCUCUCCACCCCGCAGAACACGCAGGCACAGCCUGGAUCUCAGCUGCCCACCCCGCGGACAGCUAGCCACACCACUUCCUCAGGCCUCCCACAGGUCCGAGUGGUUACCGCUCAGUCUACCCUCCCCGCUCCAUCUCAGCCAGCCCCAGCAGUAGCACAACAGCAGCCAUCUCUAGCGUCUGUACCUCAGAUCCGGGUUCCUUCCACUUCUGCGCAAAGCAAAGUCUUCUCUCAGGCUGUUGUGACGCUUCCAGUGAAAGCUCAGACCGGCCCAGUCCAAGUGCAGAGGACAACUGUUGCUGUAACUGGAACAGCUGGUGUCCCUGGGACAGGAAUUUCUGCAACACCUACUCCUGCCCCCAAGCCAGCAAGUAGUUCUCCAAACAGUGCAGCACCCAAUCCUUCCACUACUUCUUUGUCCUCCUCCUCCUCCUCCUCUUUAUCCUCUUCCUCUUCAUCCACCGCUGUCCUCCAGAAUGUUGCUGGCCAAAAUAUCAUCAAACAGGUGGCUAUUACUGGACAGCUGGGCAUGAAAAGCCAGGCUGGGAGCAGCCUCCCACUUACAACAUCCAACUUCCGUAUUCAAGGCAAGGAUGUUCUGCGUUUGCCUCCGUCCUCUAUCACCACAGAUGCCAAGGGGCAGACGGUUCUCCGCAUCACCCCAGACAUGAUGGCUACCUUGGCCAAAUCGCAGGUCACCACUGUCAAACUGACUCAAGACCUCUUCAGCACUGCUACUGCCGCUGGGAGCACUACUGCAGGGAAGGGCAUCUGUGCCACCUUGCGUGUGACGUCAAGCCCCAUCCAGUCCUCGGACUCUCCUGCCAAGACCAGCACACCUACCUCUGCUUCGCCAAGUUCUGCUGGACCAACCGUGGUCAAAGUGACACCGGACUUGAAAACAGUGGAGUCUGCCAGUUCAGCCUUCAGACUUAUGCCUGCUCUAGGCAUGUCCAUGGCAGAGCAGAAGGGCAAAGCCAUGACCACAAUGGCAUCCUCAGAAGCCAAGCCAGCGGCCACCAUAAGGAUUGUGCAGGGGAUGGGGGUGAUGCCUCCCAAACCUGGCCAGACAAUUACAGUUGCCACUCAUGCCAAACAGAUGCCGCCUUCUUCUGUGAGCGUGUCUGGCCCUGUCCAUACCUCAGCUGUUUCUCUGCCGACCAUGACAGCUUCUGUCUCCAAGGCAGUCGCUGUAGUGUCAGGAGCGGCAGGAACACCCAUAACUAUAGGAACAGGAACCUCCACUGUGCGACAGGUCCCUGUGAGCACCACUGUGGUAUCCACCUCCCAGCCGGGGAAGCUGCCUGCCCGAAUCACCGUGCCCCUCUCGGUCAUAAGCCAGCCUGUGAAAGGCAAGAACGUGGUGACUGCUCCCAUCAUCAAGGGCAACCUUGGGGCCAACAUUAGCGGGUUGGGGCGAAAUAUCAUCCUCACCACAAUGCCAGCUGGAACAAAACUGAUUGCCGGGAACAAGCCAGUGAGCUUCCUGACUGCCCAGCAAUUGCAGCAGCUGCAGCAGCAAGGCCAGGCUGCCCAGGUGCGGAUUCAGACAGUCCCAGCCUCCCACCUCCAGCAGGGAACAGUGUCUGGCUCUACAAAAGCGGUAUCCACUGUAGUUGUGACAGCGGCCCCAUCUCCAAAACAGACACAGGAUCAGCCAUGAAACUGUCAACAGUUAUAUUUUUUCAAGAAUCGCUCUAGUUCUGUUGUGCCAUUUCCACCUGAGUGAUGUCUUGCUCAUGCUGGACUUGGCAAAGGUGUUUCCCAAUAUACUAGAAGCAGCUCUGGUGGUCCCUUGGGUUCUGAGCAGGCAGAGCCACCCAUACAAGUACAGCUAGUGUCGCAUUUUAAUGAUGUCCACGUUGAAUUGAAUGAUUAGGGGUCCCUUUCAAUUCUUGGCUCGUGCUGGUGGGAAUGUAAUGUUUCUACACGGGAUUCUGAAUAAGACAAGAAGAAAGGAAGUGCUGGAAGUAAUGGAUCCUGGAUCAGUCUGGACUUCAAUUUUAUUCUUUUUGCAAUCUGGAUUUUUAAUAUUUGUUCCCUCUGCUUUUGUCUCUUCUGUCUGUGUAUUUUUAUAACUGUUUUUUUUAGAACGGAGACCAUUUCUGGCUGAUGCUUCUCUAGCCUGCACCAAAUUGCACAAGAGAAUCUUGUAUAUAGAUGACUUAGCUGUGAAUAAAGCCAAAAGUCAAGUUCCUCUUUUGCUCCCUCUACCCAACUUUGAAAAUGUUGGUGGCCUUAAUGGGACAUGAAAACUGCUUCUUGAAAUGACAGGUGAAGGCAGCCUCGAUCCAGAACUUGGUCACCACUUACCUGCUCAUUUUAGUGGAGAUUGAGCCUAACUAUUGAUUUUUAUUGCUUUUUGAAUAAAGAUUGCCAAACUUUAUGAAUGAACUUCUGAUAUCAGCUCAGCUAUAUGAUCUGAAAAUUUGUUAUAUUUUUAAGCUAAUUUUUUAAAAAAAUAUUAACUACAGAAAUGGAGAUAACUAUAUCUAUUUAAUCUGUAUUUAUGGUGAGAGAAAAAUGCCACAUCUGUGAACCGUGAUAGCUCAUAGUUUUGCAUUGUCUUGUUUUUAAAGUCAGAUAGCUACUGGCAGAUAAUUAAUGUUAAGCAAUUUUAUUGUAUUUUAUUGUUAUAAAUAGGAAACAGAAGCUAGCUUCACUUUGGGGUACAACUGAUCUGACAUCAGAAGAGUUGGAAAAGCAAGAGUUGGAAUAGUAAAUAAUACACUGGAGAUUGAAAAUGGCAGAGUAUUUGAUAACUAGUAAUGAGAAUUGUGGGAUUUUGCACACAUCUACCAUUUUAAGCACUUUUAUUCAAACAAUACAAGCAGCUCCCAGGUUAAGAACA